AUGGUCCAUCUUGCCCAGGUUAAGCGCGACAGCGAGAUCGAGAAGAUCGCUGGUCAGGUUGGCUCCAUCCAGCUCGAGAACAUCGAGGAGGAUGGCUUCUCCACCAGUGUCUACGGCACCCGCUUCGCUACCCAGGAGCUCCCUUCCACCGAGAUGCCCGAACGCGAGAUGCCUCGUGAGGUGGCUUACCGGAUGAUCAAGGAUGAGCUUAGCUUGGAUGGCAACCCCAUGCUCAACCUUGCGAGUUUCGUCACCACUUACAUGGAAGAGGAAGUCGAGAAGCUCAUGACCGAGUCCUUCAGCAAGAACUUCAUCGACUACGAGGAAUACCCCCAGUCCGCCGAGAUCCAGAACCGCUGCGUGAACAUGAUUGCCCGUCUGUUCAACGCCCCCACCGACAGCGAGGACGAACACCCCAUGGGCACCUCCACCAUCGGAUCUUCCGAAGCCAUCAUGCUGGGCACCUUGGCCAUGAAGAGACGCUGGCAGAACAGGCGCAAGGCCGAGGGCAAGGACUGGACCCGCCCCAACAUCGUCAUGAACAGUGCCGUCCAGGUGUGCUGGGAGAAGGCAGCCCGCUACUUCGACGUGGAGGAGCGCUACGUCUACUGCACGGAUGAGCGCUACGUCAUUGACCCCAAGCAGGCCGUCGACCUGGUGGACGAGAACACCAUCGGUAUCUGUGCCAUUCUGGGUACCACCUACACUGGUGAGUACGAGGACGUCAAGGCCAUCAACGACUUGCUCGUCGAGCGGGACCUCGACGUCCCCAUCCACGUCGACGCCGCCAGCGGUGGCUUCGUCGCCCCCUUCACCGUGCCCAACCUUGAGUGGGACUUCCGCCUGUCCAAGGUUGUGUCCAUCAACGUGUCCGGUCACAAGUACGGGCUGGUCUACCCCGGUGUCGGCUGGGUGGUGUGGCGCUCGCCCGAGUACCUGCCCAAGGACCUGAUCUUCAACAUCAACUACCUUGGUGCGGAGCAGGCCAGCUUCACGCUGAACUUCUCCAAGGGCGCGUCGCAGGUGAUCGGCCAGUACUACCAGAUGAUCCGACUGGGCAAGCGCGGCUACCGGUCGAUCAUGGUCAACAUCACCAAGAUCGCGGACUACCUGGGCAACGAGCUGCAGAAGAUGGGCUUUGUGCUCAUGAGCGAGCAGGGCGGCAAGGGCCUGCCGCUGGUGGCCUUCCGACUGCCGUCGGACCGCCAGGAGGAGCAGUUUGACGAGUUUGCGCUGGCGCACCAGCUCCGGGAGCGCGGGUGGAUCGUGCCCGCCUACACGAUGGCCCCCAACAGCGGCGCCCUCAAGCUGAUGCGCGUGGUGGUGCGCGAGGACUUCACCAAGAGCCGGUGCGACGCUCUGCUGGCGGACAUCAAGCUGGGAAUGAAGACGCUGGGCGACAUGGACAAGGCGAUGCUGGCGCGGUACACUCGCCAUGUCCGCGAGCACUCGACCAACUCGCACAAGUCCAAGCAUGUGCACGAGCACUACAAGAAUGAGAGCCAUUCCUUGCAGGGCAAGCAUGGCAAGACCCACAGUAUCUGCUAG